UCUCAUACACAUGCAAGUCAAAAAAAAAAAAAUCUAUCUAACUAGAGAAAAGGGCCUAACAGAGGCAAAGGUAAAAAUCCUUUUCACGGCAUGAGAUGCUGCUUAGAUGCUUUAAAGCUGAUUGACUAAGACAUAUCCUUCUCACAAUAACCAUCAAAGCCAAUAUAUCUCCUCCCAAGUACAUUUUAUGCUCUGUGUCAUCACUCAUGGUUCACUCUUUCAAGUCUUUGUUGUGUGUCCCACCAUCACACCCAAAUGACUCUUCAACCACCAAUGAGGGUUUGUGAUAGUGGGAAGGUUCUGUCUAAUGCUUAUGUGAUAGGAGAAUGGUAAAAAAAAGACAGCAACCUACACAUAUGGAGGUAUGGAUUAGAAUCCUAUGUGGGGCUGGGUUUGGCCACCGGACAGACGGUGACGAAAUGGACCAGCUGCUACAAUUCCUCCGCCGCCGACAGUGUCACCGCCGAGCAGAUUGAGCAGGAGCUUCUCAGACUCGUCAUCAACGGCAAAGAAAGCAAGUCACCUUCGAUGACUUCCCUUAUUACCUCAGGUAACAAAAUUCCUGUCUUGGGGUUAAUGAGAUGCACCACUCCUCAUCACUGGACGAAAAACAAGAGCCUUGGCUUCACCAAGAGUUGAACUUGAGACCUAGAAGUUAUAACUCCCAAGUCUUACCAUCAUAUUCAUGAGUUAUGGACUGUACUCUAAUUAUCAUACAGUUUGGACUUUAGGCUGGCAGGUGUCAGUUGUGACUAAUGAGCCUGGGGCUAGUAUAGAUGAUUUGGUUUUUCAAAAAGCCAGUAAUCUAUAAGAUGAAGGUGUUAUGCUAUAUGCAUAUCAAAUUUUCUCAGUACUAUCUGGACGGUGGGUUUUCCCAUGAUAUUCCAACCACUCUGCAUAGAAGUAAUGCUGACUGCCCGGUCCCAGAGGAAAUGGUUACUGUCAGUGUUGAUGGUUCUGUGCUAGAUCGAAUUGCUAAAAUUAUGUCAUAUCUUCACCUUGGAUCAUUUGGGAAGGUUCUCAAGAAAAAGAAGAAAGAAAGAGAAGUGAAAGGAAGGAUAGCAAUUAUUGGUAAUGAAUAUGUUGAAGAUGAGAGGGUGUCAAAGCCUGAGGGUGAAAUUUUAAAGAACUUACAGAGAAAACCCACCUCCACCUCCGAAGCAGGGACAUCCUGAUUCAAGAGAGAACCAAGGCCCUAAAGUUUCCAGAGCUGAAGAUGACGACAUUUUUGUGGGGGAAAUUUUGUUACCUGCACUCAAAAGAUGAUGCUUCAAUCUCGUUACCUACAAGACAGGAAUGUACUGUGUAAUACAUUGGCAUGAAAUUUUGUUUGUUCUUCUUGAAUGGCUAUGUGAUGUAUUGCGUUGUGUCACGGCCAGAAUUUACUUGGAACCAUAUUUUUGUAUUUGUGUUUGUAGUUGAAGGCCUAUUUUCCUUUUGC